CACGCUCCAGCGCGCGCCCGGCCCCUGGGAGCUGUGGUUACUGGGCUCCCCAGGAACCCCAGAACAAUUCAGCCCAAGGCGCGCGUGCUCACACCGGGAGGAUGCUCUGUGAAUGGUGAAUGAGACUCCGGGGUCUGCGGAGGCGUUAGAGGGAUCCAGGCGUUGGUGCUGAGAAACCUAAGAGUCUUGGAGAACCCGCCAAGAGUUCACAUUUACCAACCAAGAAAACUUGAAAAUGAGCAGCCGACGGAAGCGUGCUCCUCCAGUGAGGAUGGAUGAAGAAAAGCAGCAGCAGCUUUGUUGGAAUAUGCAUGAAGACAGAAGGAACGAACCUCUAACCUUAAGUGAUGACGAGCAGCCCUGUCCAGGUUCAGACUCCUCUUUUUCUCACUGCAUCAUCCUGGAUGAUAGUCUAAAGGAAGAAGUGGCUCACAGAGAUAAGAAGAGGUGUACAGAGCCAGCGAGCGUUUCAAACUCAGUUGAUAGGGAAGAGACUGUUGGUAGCUUUCCCCCUUUGUUUAUAAAGUUGAAUAUUGUGAUAGCUCCCUAUCACCUAGAUAAUUCCUGGAAAGCAUUUCUAGGAGAAUUAACUCUUCAGCUUCUUCCUGAAGAAAGCUUAGUUGAAAAUUUUUCUCAAAGGAGUUUUACGUUAAUGAGUUCAGAGUCAAGCAAUCAGUUACUGGUCUAUGUUCAUUCAGAAUGUGGAGAUGCGGAAAAAGAAGAAAAAGGGCUCAAUGAACCAGUUAGUAUUUGUGAAAAGGGUAUUCAGGUGGAGUCAUCCUUCAGUAGUGAACUGUUAGAAGAUUUGGGGUGGCUGCAAAAGAAGAGAAGAAUAAAACUUUACCAAAGACCAGAAGGAAACCGUGUUAUCAAGGUUGGAAUUUAUCUUUUGGAAGCUGGUCUAGCAAAACUAGACUUUAUGAGUGAUGCACAUUCAAGAAUGAAAAAGUUCAAUCAACUCAUGAAGAAAGUGAUGGAAAAAUUAUACAAUUUUAUUGUUCCAGAUGUUUUGGACGAGGAUGAGGAAGAUUCAGAGAGUGAGCCAGAGGGACAAGACAUUGAUGAACUCUAUCACUUUGUGAAGCGAACACAUCAGCAAGAAACAGAGCCCAUCCAAGUGGAUGUCCAGCAUCCCGCAUUGACUCCUGUGUUGAGACCCUACCAAAGAGAGGCUGUCAAUUGGAUGCUACAGCAAGAGCAUUUCAGAAGUGCUCCUGCCAGUGAAAAUGCUCUGCACUUCUUAUGGCGAGAAAUUGUUACGCCUGAGGGCUUGAAACUCUACUAUAAUCCAUACACAGGCUGCAUCAUUCGUGAGUACCCAAGUGCUGGGCCACAGUUGCUUGGUGGAAUCUUAGCAGAUGAGAUGGGUCUUGGAAAGACAGUGGAGGUUUUGGCUCUGAUUCUGACACAUACGCGACAAGAUGUCAAACAAGAUGCUCUCACUCUUCCUGAGGGAAAAAUGGUGAAUUAUUUUAUUCCGUCACAUUAUUCUGGAGGAAAAGUAAAAAACACAGAAACCCAGAAUAUGGAAUUUGAACCAAAAGAAAAAGUUCAAUGUCCCCCCACACGUGUGAUGUUAUUGACAGCUGUGAAAGAAAUGAAUGGGAAGAAAGGAGUAUCCAUCAUUUCCAUCUAUAAGUAUGUCAGUUCUAUAUACAGAUAUGAUGUUCAGCGGAAUAGGAGCCUUCUGAAACGGAUGCUGAAAUGUUUAAUUUUCGAAGGUCUUGUGAAACAGAUCAAAGGCCAUGGUUUUUCUGGAACUUUUACAUUGGGGAAGAAUUACAAGGAAGAGGAUUUAUGUGAUAAAACAAAAAAGCAGGCAAUAGGGAGUCCAAGGAAAAUUCAGAAAGAAUCUAGAAAAUCAGGAAACAAGGAUGCUGAUUCUGAAUACUUGCCAUCAGAUUCUUCUGAUGAUGAUGAUGACCCUUAUUAUUAUUAUUAUAAGCCCAGGAAAAAUCGUAGUAAAUUGAGGAAAAAGCCUGUUUCAUCCACAAAAAGAGGAAAAAGUCAACCUGACAUCGGUCCCAACUCACAAGGACAGUGUCCAACUGCCAGUGACUCUGGAAUUACCGAUACCUCUGUGUCUGAAAGUACAUAUGUCUCUGAAGUUAAGCCAGAGCCCAACGCAGAGGACCAUGCUGAGUCUCUAAACCUUAGUGAUGGUGAUGGGCCACGCUGUAAUAUCAUGAGUCCCUGUAACCCCUCUGAUUAUCGCUUUGAGUGCAUAUGUGGUGAACUUGGCCAGAUAGGCCUUAAGCCUCGCGUUCAGUGCCUGAAAUGCCACUUGUGGCAACAUGCAAAAUGUGUGAAUUAUGAAGAGAAGGAUCUGAAGAUUAAGCCAUUUUACUGCCCCCACUGCCUUGUUGCAAUGGAGCCAGUAUCAACACGAGCAACUCUGAUCAUCUCCCCAAGUUCCAUCUGUCAUCAGUGGGUGGAUGAGAUCAAUAGGCAUGUGAGGUCUUCAUCUCUUCGAGUCUUGGUAUAUCAAGGAGUUAAGAAGGAUGGCUUCUUGCAGCCUCACUUUUUGGCAGAACAGGAUAUAGUUAUCAUUACCUAUGAUGUCCUUCGUUCAGAGCUAAACUAUGUAGAUAUCCCACAUAGCAACAGUGAGGAUGGGCGUCGCCUACGGAACCAGAAGCGCUAUAUGGCCAUCCCCAGCCCCCUAGUAGCUGUGGAGUGGUGGAGGAUCUGCCUCGAUGAAGCUCAGAUGGUUGAAUGUCCUACUGUAAAAGCUGCAGAAAUGGCUCAGCGCUUGAGUGGGAUUAAUCGGUGGUGCAUCAGUGGCACUCCCGUGCAGAGAGGAUUAGAAGAUCUUUAUGGGUUAGUGGUCUUUCUUGGUAUUGAGCCUUACUGUGUCAGACACUGGUGGGUUCGACUUCUCUAUCGCCCUUACUGCAAGAAGAAUCCUCAGCCCCUCUACAGCUUUAUUGCCAAGAUAUUAUGGAGGUCUGCAAAGAAAGAUGUGAUUGACCAAAUCCAGAUCCCACCUCAGACGGAAGAAGUUCACUGGCUCCACUUUUCUCCAGUGGAAAGACAUUUCUAUCACCGCCAGCAUGAGGUGUGCUGCCAGGAUGCGGUGGCAAAGCUCAGGAAGAUUUCUGACUGGGCUCUGAAGCUCAGCAGCCUGGACAGACGGACGGUCACCUCCAUCCUGUAUCCACUGCUGAGGCUCAGGCAGGCCUGCUGCCACCCACAGGCUGUUCGUGGGGAGUUCUUGCCACUCCAAAAAAGCACCAUGACAAUGGAAGAACUACUGACAUCUCUGCAGAAGAAAUGUGGAACUGAAUGUGAAGAAGCGCACCGGCAGCUAGUUUGUGCCCUCAAUGGUUUAGCAGGCAUCCACAUCAUUAAAGGUGAGUAUGCCUUGGCAGCAGAUCUCUACAGGGAAGUGCUGCGCUCGUCUGAGGAGCACAAAGGAAAACUCAAAACUGAUUCACUCCAAAGACUUCAUGCUACCCAUAACUUAAUGGAAUUGUUAGUAGCCAAGCACCCAGGGAUACCUCCUACCUUGAGAGAUGGCAGACUUGAGGAAGAGGCCAAACAGCUGCGAGAGCACUACAUGAGCAAGUGUAAUACAGAAGUUGCCGAAGCCCAGCAAGCUCUCCAGCCUGUGCAGCAGACCAUACGUGAGCUCCAAAGAAAGAUUUAUCCUAAUUCUCCUUGGUGGCUGAAUGUGAUCCACAGAGCAAUAGAAUUUUCUAUUGAAGAGGAGCUUGUUCAGCGAGUGCGAAAUGAAAUAACCUGCAACUACAAGCAACAAACUGGCAAGCUUUCUAUGUCAGAGAAGUUCCAUGACUGCAGAGGUCUUCAGUUCUUACUUACAACACACAUGGAAGAGCUAAAUAAAUUCCAGAAACUUGUCAGAGAGGCUGUGAAAAACCUAGAAGGACCUCCAUCUCGUAGCGUGAUUGAGUCUGCAACAAUCUGCCACCUCCGACCAACCAGAUUUCCUCUCAACUGUUGUGUCUUUUGUAAAGCCGAUGAAUUGUUCACAGAGUAUGAAUCAAAGCUAUUUUCUCACACAGUCAAAGGCCAGACUGCGAUAUUUGAGGAGAUGAUAGAAGAUGAGGAAGGACUAGUAGACGAUCGAGUGCCUACCACCAGCCGGGGUCUUUGGGCAGUCAGUGAGACAGAGCGUUCUAUGAAAGCAAUGCUGUCUUUUGCAAAAUCACAUCGAUUUGAUGUUGAAUUCGUUGAUGAAGGAAGUGCUUUAAUGGAUCUCUUUGAAGCAUGGAAGAAGGAAUAUAAGUUGCUUCAUGAAUACUGGAUGGCUCUGAGGAAUCGUGUAUCUGCUGUUGAUGAACUUGCAAUGGCUACAGAACGGCUAAGAGUGCGCCAUCCUAAAGAGCCAAAGUCCAGUCCACCUGUUCUUCAUAUCAUUGAACCGCACGAGGUAGAACAAAAUCGUAUAAAACUACUAAAUGAUAAAGCCGUUGCUACAUCACAGCUUCAGAAAAAACUUGGGCAGCUUCUUUACCUAACUAACUUGGAGAAGUCUCAAGACAAAACGUCAGGAGGUAUUAAUCCAGAACCUUGUCCAAUCUGUGCACGGCAGCUGGGAAAGCAGUACAGCGUGGGGUCUCACAGAAGCUCCAUCAAGUGUGCUAUCUGCCGCCAGACCACAUCUCACAAAGAAAUCUCAUAUGUCUUCACCUCAGAGAAAGCAAACCAGGAAGAGGACAUCCCUGUGAAGGGCAGCCAUUCUACAAAAGUGGAAGCUGUGGUGAGAACUUUGAUGAGAAUCCAGCUUAGAGAUCCAGGGGCGAAAGCACUUGUUUUCUCAACGUGGCAAGAUGUGUUGGAUAUUAUUUCAAAAGCUCUCACUGACAACAACAUUGAAUUUGCACAAAUCAGUCGCGUUAAGACAUUUCAGGAGAAUCUUUCAGCAUUUAAACACGAUCCCGAAAUCAAUAUUUUGCUGCUGCCCCUGCACACAGGUUCUAAUGGACUAACUAUCAUUGAAGCAACUCAUGUUCUUUUGGUGGAACCCAUACUGAACCCUGCCCAUGAGCUUCAGGCCAUAGGGAGAGUGCAUCGAAUCGGACAGACAAAACCUACUAUUGUACACAGAUUCUUAAUUAAAGCAACAAUAGAAGAAAGAAUGCAAGCAAUGCUGAAAACUGCUGAGAGGAGUCACACGAGCUCGUCAGCGAAGCACUCAGAGGCCUCCGUCUUGACCGUGGCUGAUCUGGCAGACCUGUUUACCAAAGAAACUGAAGAUAUUGAGUGAAGUACACUUGAUUCAAUCCAGAUGCUAAUGUAUUCAUAAAUUUUCACAACUUGUAGAGUGAAGUUAUAAGUAAAAAAAAUUCCAGUACAUGUCAGUAAACACUGUUGUUGGAUGAUUUAUUUCUCUUUCUGAUUGCACAGUGUCCUAGUAGUUCUUGAGCCUUUUUAAAUACAUAGUUUCCAAAAGAUCUUCAAGGUUUUUAAUUUUUCACUCCUAAUAAAACAUUUAUUUUUGUUCCAAAGAAUAUCUAUAUCUGAUGAGGUGAAGAAAUGAAGAGAGGUAAUGUGUACCUUUCGUUUGCUAAGAUCCGUCUUAGAGAGUUGGAAAAAGAGAGAAAGAAAGUAAACUAAUCUAGUUUUCUAUGACCUGUAUAUAGGCCCAUUUUAGGAAGGGCCUUCACUGUCUUUAGCACGUAAUUCACCAGAUAUCUUGUAUGUUUGAAGUAGAUGGUGAAUUAUAUUAACUCUUAGUUAUUUGAGUAGGUUUAGACCGUAACUCCAUCAGUAGUAACUUCACAGUAAUACAACUCCUAACAAUAAGGUAUGUUAGGCAAGUAUUUCUUUCUCUGUAUCUUGCUACUAAAAAUCAAAAUAUUGAAAACUUUUCAUAUUUUCAUCCUGUGUUAAGUGAUGUUAGUGUAAGCUGUUAACUCUAAAUAGCAUUUUAAGUGUAAUUUCACCUGAAAAUUACCUAAGCUAUCUCUACUUUUAAUUUUUCUUAUUGUUAAGUUUUUAACAUGUUUUAAGAUUGACAUAUCUGUAAAUAAUGCAAAUUUUUAUGAUUUUAGGUCUUGUCAUUAUAACAUGGAAAUAUGGCAGUGUUUUUUAUUAUUAUUAUGGUGGUGUCUUGGAUUCUUUUCCUUUCCCAUGUUCAUGUAUAACUAUACUUUUAACCACUUGUAUUUAAAUUUAUGAUAGGGUUUCUUUUAUUCCAGGUUACUUCCCUUAGGGACUAGUAUUUGAUCUUUGGAACAAGAGAAUGUCGUGGUCACAUAAGCAAAUAAUUGCAAGUGAUAAUAACAGUGUUUCUUCUUCUAUGAAGAAUUAAUGGACUUCGAAAUUGCUAAAUAAAGAGUAGCUUGUUGUAUCUUAGCCAUUUAAUGUAAUCCAAAUGUCCUUUGUGUUGUUUUCUUUGAGCCUUCAGAGUUUUAAUCGACCCUCAGGACUCAUUAGCUCCUGCUUAGCUGCCCAGAAACCGUUAAUAGAAAUAUUCCCUGGAUCAUAUUUGUCUGAAAGCCUUUGGUGCUUAGUCAAGGUGCAUUUUCUUAUUCUAGGUUUAUAGGUGACAUAAUUCAGCUGAAGAAAACACACACUUGUUUUUGGUGCUUAUUUUUCAGCUGAAGGGAGAUAUGCAUUGAUUCUUUUAUAUGAAAUUGAAUAUAACUAUUAUUUUUGUAGCUCUUUACAUAUUAUAAAGAGCUUUCCUGUACAUUCACCUGUUUAAUUUUCCCCAGAGUCCUGUGAAGUUGAUAUAAUUAAUAUUCCUAUUUUACAGAUAAAGAAACUGAGGUUCAGAAUAUUGAGAAACUUGCAAAUAAACAGUGGAGCCCAGGUCCCCUGACUCCAAAUCUCAUGUUGUCUUCCUAAAUCAUGUCAUGCUGAGAUUAAGAAGGCCCCUGGUUGUAAUUUAACGAUGAGAUGAUUUAAGCAUUUUUUGUGUUUUUUUCCCUAAUAUUCCUUUCUAAACUAAAAUUUUAGGGAAAACUAUUUGAUAUGCUUGAAUUUUAUAAAAAAAUAUAUAUGUACACAUAGUUACCUGUAUUAGAGGAAAAACUGCUCUUAUUUAUUUCUGUAAGAUAUCAUCAAUUAAAUAAAUAUUUUAGUGGAAAUUGAAAUUUGGGGUUUAUUUAAUUUUUGAGUCAUAGAACAUAUGGCUUUCUCUUAUGUGUCUUAACAGAAGAUGUCACAAUUACUUAUACUAUAGAGUCCUGUGUUUUAUAUAUAUUUGUUAUUUCUUCAAUACAGUUGUGACAGUUCUUCCAAACAAUUGUCAAAACAAAGACAGAUCUAAUCCUCACAGCUUCUUGGAUACAAACAAAGGACUUUUUUGUUUCCUUCCCCCAUCAUUUUAGGUUAUCAGAAAUACUACCAUGCUUAUAAAUAGUUGCUCGCUAACCUAAAGGCAUGCUGCGCUAAUCAGCCAGUGAGGAAAAAUGAAAAGAGAUAGCCCCAGUCCUUAGAAGAGCUUCAAAGUGUUUGGAUCUGGGGAACCAUUCUCUGUUAAAUAACUCCCGAUAAGCUUAGUAGGACUGAAAAGAUUAUUUAUAUAGAAUAAUAUAUAGCUUUACUAUAUUUAUGAAAGCUUUAACUUUUCUCUUUGUAUAUGAUCGUCGAAAAGAUCCAUCUAUUUCAGUUUGGGAUUGGCCCCUUUCAGAUCACUUUAAUAACAACAAACUAAAAAUUCUUAACAUGAUCAUUCAACCUAUAAUUACAAAUACAUAGCAAAUAAUUAUCAAAUCUAAUUGUCAGAAUAUUUAGAAACUGAAUUUAGUAGUGCAAGAUUAAUCAACUCAAGCUACCCUUACGAAUGAACAACGGAAGAAGUUAUGUCUUCUAAAUCUUCUGCCCUAUUUUACUAGCUGUCCCACGAUUUCAUGUGCUAGAGUUUCUUAUGGUUAUGAAACUACAGGACAACUUUUCAGAAAUGCAAAAAUCAUCUGUACUAAGUGACCUCAGGCUUAGUUAAAUUGAAUAAAAGAUACCUUUCAACUUUUCUAGAAUUUAGCUAAACAAAACCCCCACAAUAAUAUGCCAUUUGUAUUUUUAACUGAUGUAACAAUAUAAAAACAAAAUGUCAUCAAAACAGUACCGUACAGGCAAUGCAUUUUUAAGCGGGCUUACUCUGAUAAUCUAAUCUUCAAUAAUAUUUCUUCACAGUAGAAUCAGCAGUAUAUUUUAUAAACUUUUCUGUUUUCUAGAAUCUCCGUGUACCUCUGUUGCAAUGAUGCUCAUCAAUGCAUGUCACAUGUAAGGGUUGAAUAUGAGCCACCUGCAAGUCUUCCUUCAGCUGAAGGCUAUGUGAGUCAUUGAUAACCCCAAGGGGAACUCAAGUCUCACAAUAGGUGUGUGGUGUUACCUCUGAGUUAUAGAACAGAUAGUAUCAACUCCAGAAAAUAGCGUAAGAACUGAAUCUGAGAACUUGGCAUGGACCAAAGUUGCUGUCUCCAGUCUUCCCCCACCUUCAGGCAGCCAUUCAGGGCAUGCACGUCUUCUAUUUGAAGUGUGAAGAUCCCACGCUAUGGCUUGGUAUCGUCUUCGGUUGUUCAGUAGUCACUCUUAAGAUGUUCUUUGAUAUAUUGAAACCAGAUCCUCCUGCUGCAGCUUAUACUUUUUUCUCUGCAAAAUGGAAAUUAAAUAAUCUCCAUUAUCUGUAUAAUGAUCCUUUGUACACGUGACUACUGUUAAUAAAUUGUUCAGUAACUUUUUCUUUCCUUCUGCCUAUCAAAUAAUCCAUCCCUUCAGCCUUUUCUCAAAGGCCUUCCUCUCCAAACCCCUUCAUUAUCUUUGUCUCUCUAGUAAACCUGUUUUUAAUGUUCUGCGCCCCUUGUAACACCUAUUAGAGGAAAAAUGCCCAAGGAUACACCUUUGCUAUAUGGGAUCUUUCCAGAUCCGUUAUUUCUAUGCCAGCACAGUUCUCAUCACUAACAUGUAUCCCAUCUAGCGCCUUAAGGAGAAAACAUUUGUCCCCAAAUUUCCCUAGAAAUUUAGUUUCUUCUCACUUCAUCAAUAAUUUAUUUAGGGUACAUCUGCUGAGAUUACCUGGGUUUCUUUUCUUUCCAGACCGUUUAGUUUAUAUUUACUGCAUCCCUAAUUUUGUACUCAAAUCUGUAAGGCCCCUUAUACCCUUUCUGUGCUUCCAGCUUUCUGUAAUCAAGCCAGUGCUAAUCCAGUUCUUUCCCUAGACCCUGCCUAAAAAUUUCUAUUAACUAGGAUGGGAACAUUAUUGCCUGUUGAUAAUGUUGAAUAUAUUUUCCUUUGACCUUCACAGAAUGAUGUCUUCCUUGGUAAAUGCAAAUCUAUGUUUUAAAAGGGAAUGUAUUUUAGUAUCUGUUGUUGCUUUAUUGUAUCAGAAUGUUUCUAAAAACGAUUAAGCUAUUAAACUAUUAAAGCAUCAGUGUGGAAUGUUCUCUUUACUUAAAACUUCAUCAGUGCUCUUCACUUUUUAAACUCUUAAUUGAUAAUCAGGUUUCUGCUUAUAUUCUUAGUUGUUGGGUACCAUCGAGUUGAUCCGACUCUUAGCGACCGCAUGUGAUAGAAUAGAACUGCCCUAUAGGGUUUUCUAGGCAGUAAUCUUUAGAGCCACUGGGUGAAUUUGAACCACCAACCUAUGGGUUAGCAGUCGAGCACUUAAACGUUGUGCCACCAGGGUUCUUUGCUUAUUUUCUACAGGUGGCCUUGUCUACCCUGCUCCCACAUUCAGCUGGUCAAAGGUUUGGCCACUGGCAUGACAUGGUACAGAUAAACAUUUUACAUAGCAUUUCUGUCUUCUUAAGUUCUUAACAGUGACUCACUUUAGCAGACAUCUAAUUUAUGCAGUGAUUUAUUUUUGAGGGGUGAUUAUUUCUAUCUGUAGUUUUUCUCUAUGCAUUCAGCAAAAGAUUAGGAAGCUUUCUUAGUAAAUGGCUCUGGCUUUUCCAACAUUAUGUUAGAGAUCUUCACUGAGUAAACCAUUGUUAGCUGCCGUCGCAUCAACCCAACUCAUGGCAACACCAUGCAAAACAGAACUAAACACUGCCCAGCCUUGCACCAACCGUGUGAUUUAUUGCAGAUCAAACCAGUUGUGAUCCAUUGUAUUUUCGUUGACUGAUUUUCAAAAGUAGAUGGUCUGGCCUUUCUUCCUUCCUGGAAGGUUAGACUUAGAGGCAGCAAAGCAUAAAUAAAGAAGAUCCUCAGACUAUUUCAUUUUAAUUCCUAUAAUAUGAAUUCUAGGGAUAUGAUAAUCUAGGAAAGGUAAUGCAGGCUAAAAGAUGAGAGAGUAAGAUGUUUAUUUUUGUCUUGUUCACUUGGGGCGUGUGCAAAAUGGAGUUAAUGUGGAAGCUUAAGUGCAAAUAAAGCAACAAAAGUACCAUAAAUGUUCGUGCUCAGAUGAGCGUGUUGUUGUUGUUAGUUGUCAUCAAGUCAAUUCCAAUUUACAGCAACCACAC